AUUAACUAAGAAGUAACCAGAGACAUCGGACAAAAUGAAGACAACAUCUGUUUGGUGUUUUUUUUCUGUCCUUGUACUGUCUAAGACUGUAUUCUCGAAAAGUAUUUCUGGUAAGUGCCAAUUAUGCAAGGAAUGCGUUAGAAUUAUUAUGGAAUUUCGACAACACAGUUGCACCUGUUUUAACCUAUAAAUCAUGAGAACUACUCUUUUCUUAACUUUUUAUGAACUAACUAGUAUCUAUACAUGCAUCUACCUUGAAUUUUUUGAAACAAUGACAAACGCUUUGGUCACCAAACCGAUCCACAGAUUUAUAUUCUUGGGGGCAAACCCUGGUGAAACCAAUACCCCCAUUCAAAAAAAAGCUUAAACAGGUUUUAAAGCUGUUUUGUCAAUAGCGCUAAAAUUGUUUUCUUCGUAAAAGCUGCAUACUUAAAACCGAUGUUUGUAUGUUUUAAACCUAUGAUUGACCUCUUGAAACCUACGGAACACUGAAUUCAGUUUUACAGUUCUCUGUUUCUGAUUUUUAUCCACUUAAACCCGGUUUACCUAAAUAUGUUUUGCUAGGGUCAGUGGGGUAUAAAACUUUAACAGGUGUAAUAAUAGCGCCGUUUGAUGCAUUAUCAUCUGAGCUCUGUACUGUUAAAUUGAGUUCAGAAAACUUAAGUACGUAGCAAGUUGAGCCGUUAACUCCCCUGAUAAACAUUCAUAAAAGCCUUUUUAUUAACUCGUCAUAUUAAUUGAAAUCAAUCCAACAUCAGUUUCUGAAAUAAAUCUGAUUUAUUCAGAUGUAUUUAAAACUUUGUUCCUAGUCUGAUUCUACCAAUAUCUGCUUUUAAAAGGAUCUGCGACUUCUCCUCCAGAGAAAAGAAGUGUUCAACCGCCAUUCUUUGCUGGUGGUAGUCCUCCAAAAGGGCUACCUGGUACUUCUCAAGGGAUCGAAAUCCAGCAGACGCUGCCUUAUGAUCCUCCAGGCACUCCACCUUAUUUUUUUUCUCUCUUUGAUCCAAGCACCAAUACACCGUUUUAUUCAGCUUACAAAGUUACACCUGCUCAGUCAAAGGACAUUGGGAAAGGAAGAAGGCCGGGUAGAAUACGCUGGAGAGAAGGCGGUGUGGAGAGAGGUUUGGAGAUAAUCAUUAAACAUUAAUUGCAGGUUGACUCAGUCCACAUAGUAACACCUGUUAGGGCAAGGGACCUUAGUAAGGAAGAAAGGCUGGGUGGAAUGACGUGGAGAAGCCCCCAGGUUACAGAUAGUCAUUGAACAUCGACUAAAUUUUGAAUGGUGAACACCAGUACAUUAUAAUCGAACCAACUCACGUAUGUCCUCAGAGUUUCACAGAUUAAUCAAGAUCAAACUGCACGUUGUCGUACGGGGACCGUAUCAUGAGCGUACAUUUUAGAAUGUAUUUUAUAGACUGAUGCCCCUCUUCUACCCCAUUUUUUUUUUUUUUUCAAAAAGUAACAAACAAUACAGCUCGUCAAACAUGGGAAAUCACCGCUUUAACUCUCUAGCAUUGGAGGCAUUAGUUAACCAAAGCUGAAAAGACUGCGUAAUUUAUCAUUUAAAGUCGAGUCUUCCUUAAUUUACGAUUAGUUUUCGAUCAGCUAUAGAGGGGGUAGAAUUAGUAGAAAGUGUAAACAACGCAUCACGAAAUAAAGGAGAAACAACUGUAGGGUUCCAGUAUAGUGAAAAGCAAAAUAUUCACAUUUUACGGGGUUUCAAUUUCGCAUUUUAACUGGUCAUGAAAAUUAAAAACACUCAUCCCGUAUCACGCAGUAACCCCUUUCCCCUCCUCGCUAAACUGACAGGCUUUGCAGAGCACGUAUACAUCCUGUGCCUUUCCGGCAGGACAAGCCAAGCAAUCAAGCGUUAAUGAUAUUCUGAAAAUGAGAACUGUCCAUCACCGAGUGCCGACCUCACCUAUUUCAGGUCUGUGGGGCCAACUAGUGGGUGAUCUCUAAUAUAUUUCCUGCCUAACGGAACACCAAGUUUGACUUCAUACCCUCACGGUUAUACAAGAGGAGGGGAUACAGUUUUAAGAUUAGUGUACAACACUUCUUUGAUACCAAAAAAAUAUCAUAAUCUUUUUGUUUAUCGUUCUAUAACAUCUAUAUUCACAGGUGUUCCUAAUCUCAAAAUUGCUUAUAAGGAAGCAAUCGAAAAAAACCGAGAACGUCUUAGAGGAUCACGUCCAAACCAAGAAUUAACCAAAGGCCAUUUGAAUCCCUCAGCGAUAAAUUCCUUUAACGAAAAAUUCAUGGACGCUACCUACACAUUUACCAAUGUAGUACCUCAGUUUGCAGCGUCGAACUUUUAUUUGACGAAGUUUGAGACAAAAGUGGAAAAUUAUGCAAAGGACAAUUGUGGCAAGAAAGAUGGAACCCUCUACCUUUUGACUGGCAGAUCAGAAAAUGGCCUUGUCACUAGUCCGGCGGGGAUAGCUGUUAAGGAUUCUACAAAUGUACUUCCUAAGCCCUUUCCGACGGAUACGUUUGUGCAAGGUACAAUAACACUUGUAACCCCUCGUUCUCUGUGGACAGCUGUUUGCUGUAUAUGGCAAGUACCAGGUGAGGAGAAGAAAAGAGCAGAAUCUUUUGCAAUGAUGAGCAACAAUCAAGACAAAAGAUCGAAUGUUCAUCAAACAGAAAUGAGCGUGCGCGAACUAGAGGAGUUCUUGACGACACCACCAGAUGCCAAAGUAAAUUUGUUCCCUGGGGAAGAGGAAUGUCGACCACCUGCGACCUAAGAACUAUCUACAUUACGAAGAGAAUGUCGAUGAGAACAGGCUGUUCAGAGUCAGGUAGAUAAAUUAAUACCCCUGAUUAAUGAGAGACUUGUGAAGAAGUGUCUUCCUCUUUGGCAUAUAUGUGAUUCCUUAGCAACAAGACUUUGAAAUGAUAACGAGAGAUCAUUAAAAAAUAAAAAACUUUGGA